AAAUCCAAAGCAGGGGACAAAAUGACAUUUGUCCAGCAAACAGACUCCUCCUCGCAGGCGUAGCCUCUGGGCUGCAGUCAGCAGAUAGUCACAGUGGCUUCACUCUGGUCCUUUCAUCAUCAUCAGCUCAUUACUGCUACUGCUGCUGAAUGUGUGAAGUGUGCUGAGGUGACAUGACGCACUCGCUGGGGAUCUGCCUGCUCAUCGGCUCUGCUCUGAUCGGCCUGGGAUCAGCCAUUCGAUGUUACAACUGCAGGGAUUAUACGUCCAGCUGCUCCAAACAGCGGGAAUGUAGCUACGAUGACGCCUGCCUGACGCUCUAUGAGAGAGGUACCGGGGGAAUGACCUACCGCCAGUGUCUCAAGUAUUCUGACUGCGAGCGCAACCGACUGGCCCAGAUGUUCCCCCAGGUGUCUGCCUUCAGCUUUAAAUGCUGUAACUCAGACCUGUGCAACUCAGCGCCGCCGUCUGCAGCGAGCUCUCUGGUCGGGCUGCUGGCCUCCUCCCUCGUCCUGUGGUGGUGCUUUCAGUGAGGACGAGACGCUAACUCCUUGAUCCAGUCGUCUGGAGGCUGAUUAAUCCAUCAGGUCCUAAAUGUUCUCGCUAAGACACGUGACAAAUAUUAAUGUUUUUAUAUCACGAUUGAUCGUCUCACUCUUCAUGUAUAUAUUCAUGUAAUAAUAUUAUAACCCAGAUAUAUAUAGUGAUGUUUAACCAGACUAAAGUGUCAGAUCCUAACGGUUCCUGAGCUUCUAGUGGUUGAAGAAGGAACAAGCUUCGAUACCUGAAGGUUUAACUGUUGGUUUGAAAACUGACUCGAAACAAACUGUAACUUACUGUAAAUGACCAUGAAAUGAAUAAACGUUCACAAACCAAA